AUGACCGCGUUGGUUUUAGAAACAGGCUCGAGUUAUGGGUGUUUGGAGCAAGAGAGACUUGCACUCCAACAUCUCGAACCUUUCUUCUAUCAUCUUCGUUAUGGAUCCAACUUAAGGGGGGAAGAGGUUUUAGACUGUUGUCGACGGAAGGCGGUUAAGUGCGACAUCACUACUAGACGAGUGACUACACUCUUUCUAGGUUUUGGAGCCCCAAACAGGUACUACUCGAACGAGAAAUUGUAUCUCAAUGCCUCUCUGUUUCUUCCUUUCGAAGAAUUGAGGAAUCUUCAUCUCCAGGGGAAUGAAAUAGCUGGUUGUGUUGAGAAUGAAGGUUUUGGAAAGCUAUCCAAGUUGAAACAUCUAGAGUUCCUUGACUUGAGUUUGAAUGCCUUCAAUGAUAGCACUCUAUCAUCUUUGAAACUUUGCCCUUUGAGCAAUUUAGAGACUCUGGACAUGAGUUACAAUGAGGUGACUCAAUUUGUGACUUCUAAAGAGUUGCAUAUGUUGAGAAAUGUGGAGCACCUAUUCAUGGAUAAUACACCUUUGGACAUCAACUUUUUGCAAAGCAUUGGCAACUUGACUUCUCUCAAAACCUUGUCUUUGUAUAACUGCAGUGUGGCUGGCACUUUGCCUACUAAAGGUUGGUGCCACCUAAAAGGUCUCGAAGAAUUGAGUCUCAAUGGAAAUGGUCUACAGGGUGCAAUUCCUUCAUGCUUGGGUAACUUGACAUUUCUUCGCUAUUUCGAUAUCUCUAACAAUCAGUUCACAGGAAAUGUUGCCUCCACUGCUCUCACAAAUCUCACAACGCUUAAAUUCCUCUCCCUUUCAAAUAAUCAAUUUCAAGUCCCAGUGUCAUUCGAAUCAUUCGCAAACCACUUAAAUCUUCAAAUCCUUCUCAGCGAUGGGAACAAGUUAGUCGUAGAACCAACAUUUUUCCAAACUUGGUCCCCAAAAUUUCAACUUAGGGUCUUGAGUUUGUCAAAUUGCACAAUAGAAGAACAUGGGAAUCCACAACUUCCUAACUUCCUCUAUUACCAAUAUGACUUGAGAUAUGUUGAUCUUUCAUAUAACAAUUUUGGCGGAAUAAGGUUCCCAGAUUGGUUGGUAAAGAAUAAUACAAGACUAGAAGAACUUUACAUGAUGGAUAGUUCUAUUGAGGGUCAUCUUUUCUUACCAUCACACCCUAAUUAUAACAUGACGGUACUUAAAGUAUCAAAUAAUAAACUGCAACAUCAAAUUCCAACCAAUUUUUGCUCAGUUUUUCCAAAUUUACAAGUGUUAAUCAUAUCGCGAAAUGCCUUCAAAAGUAAUAUUCCUCCUUGUUUGGGCGAUAUGAGGCAAUUAACAAUUUUGGACAUAUCCCACAAUCAAUUUUUUGGAGGAAUACCUGAAGAGUUGGCCAUGAGUUGCUCUUUAAGGUUCCUUAGACUUUCAAACAACAACUUGAGUGGCAAAAUGUUUCCUGCAAUAUAUUGCUCACCUGAGCUGAGAGGAUUCUAUUUGGAUGGCAACAACUUUGAUGGUGAGAUGCCUCAUUUUUCACCCUUCAGCUCUUCAGUGCUUCAAGCUUUAUAUUUAAGUGACAACCAUUUUUCUGGGAAGCUGCCAAUAUGGUUGUGGAAUUAUACAAGUUUGUUGAUACUUUCUUUGGCCAACAACCAAUUCGAGGGUCCCAUUCCCAUUGAAUUAUGCAAACUGGUGAAUCUUUAUUUCUUGGAUCUUUCUCAAAAUCUUCUGUCUGGUACAAUACCAUCUUGCUCCAAUUUACAGGAUAUAAAGCAUGUACACUUGAGCAGGAAUAAACUAAGUGGACCACUGUCACUUGCCUUUUAUGGAAGCUCUUCAUUAGUGACAUUAGAUCUGAGAGAAAACAACAUCACUGGAAAAAUUCCUGAUUGGAUCGACACACUACCGGCUCUGAGUGUCCUUCUGAUGAAAGCAAAUCAGUUCCAUGGUGAAAUUCCUGUGCAAUUGUGCAAAUUGCACUCAUUAACCAUCGUGGACCUUUCUCAGAAUAAACUUUCUGGUCCUAUACCUUCUUGUUUGAGUAAUUUAACUCUUCAGCCAAGGGGUGAAAAAUCUGAUACAAGCAUUCUCUCUUUUAUGUUUACUAUCGUUGAAGGAGUAUUCGCAGAGAUGGGGCAGAAAAUAUAUGAUCUCAUAACGGAUAAAUGGAAGUAUUUUGCAAACGAAUUUCCUACAUCACGUUUGCUUCCUUUGAACUAUGCAGAAGUGAUAGAGUUUUCAACAAAGAGAGCAUCAUACAAUUACACAGGUAACAUUCUUGACAGCUUGUCAGGAAUUGAUCUCUCUUGCAACCAAUUGACAGGCAUAAUCCCACCUGAAUUGGGAAAUUUCAUUGAAAUCCGAGGAGUAAAUUUGUCGCACAACAAUUUAACUGGACCCAUCCCCUCCACGUUCUCAAAACUCAAGCAGAUUGAGAGUUUGGAUCUUUCCUACAACAACUUAAACAGCAGAAUCCCCCCUGAACUGACUGAGUUGUACUUUCUGGAGGUAUUCACUGUUGCACACAACAACUUGUCUGGGCCUCUCCCAGACAGGAAAUUUCAGUUUGGGACAUUCGACGAGAGCAGCUACGAUGGAAACCCUCUUCUUUGUGGACCUCCAUUGAAAAACAGUUGUGGUGAAGGUGAUUCACCAGAAACUCGAACUGCUUCACCUGGUGAAGAUGAAGAAGAUGGUUUUAUAGACAUGGUUGAUUUCUACAGUAGCUUUGGGGUUUCCUAUGCGGUUAUAUUGCUGGCAACUGGCAUUGUACUCUACAUAAAUCCAUACUGGAGACGGGCAUGGUUUUAUUUCAUUGAAGAGCGGAGCACCGCUUGUUAUUUCUUCAUUGUGGACAAUCUUCGUAGGUUGCCCUGCUUCAGAAGAAACAUAUAGCCCU